GCCCAGACACCAACAUUACAAACGAUUUCAAAUGAAGGUUUUGAUUUAUUAACCCAGUGCAUAUAAAAAACGUCAUCUGAAUACAUAUCGCACUGAAAUACUAAACUAUCACAAACAGCUUUACUUGGAACAUCCAAGAUGGCAGCCUCCAUGGUCAACGUACAUGGCAGACGAAUCGGAUGUCAGUUUGUGAGGUGGCACUGGCAAGUCUGCAAAAGGCUCUACAGCAGUCAAAACUCCAGGAACAUAUUGACGUUACACGAAAGAGGUAUUUUCCAGACAGUUUUUCCAGAAGGAAGCACUGCAGAAUUGCUUCGUCGACUAUCCAGCCAACAGUGUAUGUACUGUGGCUUUGACCCAACAGCAGACAGUCUCCAUGUAGGGAACCUUCUGGCUAUCAUAGCACUUAUUCAUUGUCAGAGAGCUGGACAUAAUACAAUUGCACUGGUUGGAGGUGCGACGGCCCAGAUUGGAGACCCCAGUGGGAAGACAAAGGAGAGAAUACCAAUGAAGCUUCACCAGGUGGAGGAAAAUGUGGUUAAAAUAACUGAAAACUUGCAACGUGUCUUCUCCCACCACCAAAAUCUGUUGUGGAAAAAUAACAAGCCCUUGCCAGAAGUAAGGAUACUGAACAACCUGGACUGGUACAGAGAUAUGAACAUAGUAGACUUUUUGUCAACAACUGGUCGACAUUUUAGGAUGGGGCAGAUGCUGUCUAGACACAGUGUGAAGAGCAGGCUUAAGAGUGAAGAUGGAAUGAGCUUCACAGAAUUUACAUAUCAGAUAUUUCAGUCCUAUGACUGGCUCCACCUGUACAAACAACACCAGUGUGCAAUACAGAUCGGAGGAAACGAUCAGCUGGGAAACAUGACAGCCGGAUAUGAGCUUAUUUCUCGCCUAACGGAUAACCCAGUUUUCGGGUUGACAGUUCCCCUGAUCACCAGCUCCAUGGGAGACAAGCUAGGAAAGACAGCUGGCAACGCCGUGUGGCUGUGCCCCACCAAGACCUCACCCUAUUUGCUGUAUCAGUAUUUUCUGAAUCUUCCAGACACAGAUGUUGAAAAAUAUCUGAAACUGCUGACAUUUCUUCCAGACCAGGAAAUACAGGAUGUUUUGAGGAAACACAAGAGGAAUCCAGAGCAGCGUCCAGGACAGAGGAAGAUCGCAGAACAAGUGCUACUGUUGGUGCAUGGGGAGCAAGGCUUGAGUGAAGCUGUGCGUUGGACAGAUGCACUCUUCAGUGGCAACAUCGAGGGCCUUGCACGCCUGACUCACACAGAACUGCUGCAGCUGUUCAACAACGCAGACACCACCGAGAUGCUGUUGGAACCUGGCAUGUCUGUCCUUGACGUCUGCAUGAAGGCUGGCUGCUUCGACAGAGAUGUUGAUGCUGAGAGAAUCAUCCAAGCUGGGGGCGUCCACAUCAACCACAGGAAGGUUCAACAGCCUGACUAUGUCCUUAUAGCAGGGGAACACAUCUUACCUUCAAACAUCACACUUAUCAGAGUUGGUAAGAAGAACUACUAUGUUGUUAAGUGGGUGAGGUGAUGUGUCAAGUUCUUCUGUGGAAAUGUAAAUAGAACAAAAUAAAGUAAACUAAAAACAUUA